AUGGCAUCAUCCGACCCCCUUGCUCAAGCGGCCGCCCUCUCUGGCCUUCAUGCCUUUGUCCGCCCUCUCUCAGUCGCGGACGUCAAGUCCUGCGUCGAAGUUGAAAACGCAUUUGUGGAACAUGAACGAUGCUCUGAGGAGAAGUUUGUAUAUCGCCUCACCAGGACCCCAGAGCUGGCACUUGGUCUCUUUAUCCAGACCAGUAAUGGCUCGCCCCGACUCAUCGGGCAUGUCAUCGCCAACCGAUCUUCCGCCUCUGCAAUCCAGGAUACAUCCAUGGAAGCACCGAAGAACUGGCAGUCUCUCUCACCCGACCGACCGGUCGUUGUUGAUGGCCACGUGAUCGGCAAUGACCCUAGAGGAAAGAAUAUUGCCAUUCACUCUGUAGCUGUCAUUCCCGAGUUCCAGGGAAAGGGGACUGGCAAGGCGCUGGUCCAAGCGUAUGUGGAGUAUAUCCGAAAUGCGGGCAUACCAGCACAGCGGAUUAUGCUGAUUGCACAUGAUUAUCUGAUCCGGUUUUAUGAGAGUGCUGGGUUUGAAAACCGGGGAAUAAGUCAGAGUCGCUAUGCUGGGGAGACAUGGUUUGAUUUGGUGAGCCUUGGCCGCGAUUUGUGUUGUGUGUUGAAUAUUACUGAUGAUUAG